AUGCACAAUCUCCUUUUCUCUGCUCUGGCAUUCAGCAUCGGGGCUAAUGCCUAUGUCCCGGGAGCUGCUGGGUGGGAUGCAGCUUAUUCAAAGGCCCAAGCAGCUCUUCUCAAGCUAAAUCAGACCGAAAAAGUCGGGAUUGCCACUGGCAUUGGCUGGGCAAAAGGGCCCUGCGUGGGCAACACCUAUCCCGCCAGUUCAAUUGACUAUUCUUCCCUAUGCACGCAGGACUCACCCUUGGGAGUCCGCUUUGCCAACCCUGUCACAGCUUUUCCCGCGGGUAUCAAUGCUGGAGCAACCUGGGAUCGCAGUCUCUUGUACGCGCGAGGAGCUACAAUCGGCAAGGAAGCCAAAGGUCUGGGCGUCCACGUCCAGCUAGGACCAUCCGCGGGGCCUCUAGGAAAGAAUCCUGAUGGAGGUAGGAAUUGGGAAGGUUUUUCCGUCGAUCCGUAUCUCAGUGGAGUUGCUAUGGAAGAGACAAUCCAGGGGAUGCAAGAUUCGGGCGUUCAAGCCUGUGCCAAGCACUGGCUUGGGAACGAGCAAGAGUGGAAUCGCGAUAUGAUUACCUCUAAUAUUGGCGACCGCGCGACGCACGAGCUGUAUAUAUGGCCAUUCAUGAACGCAGUCAGGGCCAAUGUCGCAUCUGUCAUGUGCUCCUAUCACAAAUUAAAUGAGACUUGGGCCUGUGAAAGUGACGCUGUCUUAAACGAUCUAUUGAAGGAAGAGAUGGGUUUCCCUGGCUACGUUAUGUCCGACUGGACCGCGCAGCACACUGGUGUCAACAGUGCCUUGGCUGGACUUGACAUGACGAUGCCCGGCAGUGAUUUAAAUACCCCACCCGGCAGCAUAUUUUGGGGACCCCAUCUCGUGGAGGCUGUUGCUAAUGGCUCUGUGUCUCAAGCGCGUCUGGAUGACAUGGCAACUCGUAUCCUCGCAGCUUGGUAUCUUCUUGAACAGGACAAAGGCUACCCUGAGGUGUCUUUCAACUCUUGGAAUGGCGGAAAAGCCACUGUCAACGUCACAGAAGAUCAUGCGACUGUCGCUCGAACGGUUGCCCGUGAUUCCAUUGUCCUAUUGAAGAACCAGAAACACGCUCUGCCUCUCCAGAAACCUAAGAGUCUUGCCAUCAUUGGACAGGAUGCCAUCGUCAACCCCGAUGGUCCCAAUGCAUGUGCAGACCGCGGCUGCAACACCGGCACGCUAGCUAUGGGGUGGGGCAGUGGCACAUCGGAGUUCCCUUACCUUGUUGGUGCUCUUGACGCAAUCCAACUUCAGGCCAAAAAGGACGGUACGAAAAUUAUUGAGAGUACGACCGACAGUACGACGGCUGCUGCCUCUGCUGCAGCAGCAGCAGAGACUGCCGUGGUCUUCAUUACCGCAGACGCCGGAGAAAGUUAUAUUGUAGUGGAGGGUCAUGCUGGCGACAGGAACCAUCUCGAUCCCUGGCACAACAGAAACGAGCUCGUCAAGUCCGUCGCAGCAGUGAAUAAAAAUGUCAUCGUAGUCGUGCACAGCGUGGGACCCAUUAUCCUUGAGACCAUCCUAGCGCAACCCGCAGUGAAGGCAAUUGUUUGGGCUGGGCUACCGGGUCAGGAAAGUGGAAACACCCUAGUUGACGUGCUGUAUGGCAGCACCUCUCCAAGCGGCAAGCUGCCUUACACGAUCGCCAAACAGGCUUCAGACUACGGGGCCGGCUGGACCAGCGCCCUAGUCGACAAUUUCGUCGAAGACUUGUUCAUUGACUACCGCCACUUCGAUAAAAACGACAUCGCCCCGCGUUAUGAGUUUGGAUAUGGCUUGUCCAUUUCUGCCACAGCGGGAGCAUCAAAUGGACGUAUUGUCCCUGGCGGGCCGGAGGAACUCUUCAGAUCGGUCGGCAGGGUCUCUGUCACUGUCCGAAACACUGGCAAUGUAGCUGGUGCUGAGGUUGCCCAGCUCUAUCUUGGUCUUCCGGACUCCGCUCCAAGCACUCCACCAAAGCAGCUCCGAGGAUUCCAGAAGUUGAAUAUCCUAUUGGGACAGCCGGGGAUUGCUACUUUCGAGCUCACUCGUCGCGACUUGAGCUACUGGGAUAUCCAGACAAAUAAGUGGGUUGUGCCUAGCGGCACCUUCACUGUCUAUGUUGGAAGCUCCAGCCGGGAUAUUCGCAAGCAAGGGGAGUUUACUGUCACUCAGUAG